CGGUCGCUUUAAAUGGUUCGCGAGCGCGGGCGGCCCUGGGCCCGGCCCCGGUGACCGCACCGGCUUCCAGGGGAGGGGAGGCAGUGUCCCCGCUGCCCCGGGGGGAGCCCCGCCAUGACGGGCGAGGGUUGUCGCCGGAGUCGGGAGAGGUUCGAGGAGCUGUGCCAGAAGCUGAACAUGGACGAGGCCGCCAAGGACGAGGCUUGGGCCAGUUACCAGAGCAUCAGCCAGAACUACACCCUGGAGGGAGACGACCUUCACUGGUUGGCCUGUGCCUUGUAUGUAUCGUGCAGAAAAGCCGUGCCGUCAGUGGGAAGAGGAACUGUAGAGGGGAAUUUUGUUUCCUUAACGAAGAUCCUGUACUGUGCUGAACUCAGUUUGAUUGCAUUUUUCAAUAAAAUGCAGAAAUGGGCAGAUAUGGCGAAUCUGCCGCAGGAAUUCCGAGAGCGUACUGAGAAGCUAGAGAGGAACUUUGCGGUCUCUGCUGUCAUCUUCAAGAAAUACGAACCUAUUUUUCGACACCUUUUUAAGGACCCACAAGAAGAACCACCACCACGGCAGCAAAGAGGCCGUAAACAGAGACGGCAACCUUGUACAGUCUCUGAAGUGUUUAACUUCUGUUGGGUGUUGUUUGUACAGACCAAAGGAAAUUUCCCCAUGAUCAGUGAUGACCUGGUUAACUCGUACCACCUUCUGCUUUGUGCGUUGGAUCUAGUGUUUGGGAACGCACUGCUCUGUUCCAACCGCAGAGACUUGCUGAAUGCCACGUUCAAAGGGCUACCAGAGGACUUUGGCAAUAAAGAUUAUAAACCUCCUUCAGAGCCACCAUGUAUCAUUGACGAUUUGUGUUCUUUGCAUGAUGGAUUGGAAUUAGAGGCUAAGGGCAUUAAGCAGCAUUACUGGAAGCCAUACAUCCGAAAGCUUUUUGAAAGAAAGAUCUUGAAGGGAAAAGGAGAAACUCUAACUGGUUUUCUGGAUCCCGGGAACUUUGGAGACAGUUUCAAAGCCAUUAACAAGGCCUACGAGGAGUAUGUGUUAACCGUGGGAAAUCUCGAUGAAAGGAUUUUCCUGGGAGACGAUGCAGAUGAGGAGAUAGGAACCUCACACAGGUGUCUGAGCAGCAUGUCCAAUACAGAAACCGUCGAAAGGCUGCAGGUCAAGCAUAAUCUUCAGCACCACUUUCAAAAGUCCAAGGCACACACAAUUUCAACACCACUGACUGGUCGCAGAUACAUGAAGGAAAGCAACCCAUGUGCGACCCCCAUUUCCUCUGCAACGCAGUGUGUUAGUCGUCUUCACGCCAUGCUAAUGGGGCUGAAAAAUGCACCCAGUGAGAGAUUACUACAAAUUUUCAGGUCCUGCUCUGGAGAUCCCACACUGCCGAUCGCUCACAGAGUCAAACAGAUGGGGGAAGUAUUCUGUCACCAUUAUACACAGUCUACCAAGGAUCACUCUGGCUACUCUAUAGACUAUGCUACUAAAUACCUGUGGCUCGCCGAGAUUCUUUAUUACAAAGUCCUGGAAGCGGUUAUCGAGCAGGAAAAGAGGAGGUUGGGAGAGAUAGAUCUGACUGGAAUCCUGCAACAAGACAUAUUCCAUCGUUCACUUCUUGCCUGCUGCCUUGAAAUAGUUAUCUUUUCCUAUAAACCACCAGGAGACUUUAUGUGGAUCAUGGAUAUCUUUGACCUUCCACCCUAUCAUUUUUACAAGGUGAUCGAGGUGCUUAUUAGGGCUGAAGACGGUCUGUUCAGGGAGGUGGUCAAACGCCUCAACCAUAUUGAGGAAACAAUCCUAGAAAAUAUGGCAUGGAAGCAAGACUCACCUCUCUGGGAUGGAAUUAAAAACGCUGAAAACAAGGUUCCGACGUGUGAGGAGGUGAUGCCAUCAUAUUAUUUUGAGAACGCAGAGCACACUGGCAGCAGCCUGCCCAGCUCCCCACUCCCUCAUGCACGGCUAAAGGAGGUCCGUGCUGAUGGGAGCAGGAAAGAUACGACUGCUUCACCCACUACGUUGCACGAUCGGUACAGCUCCCCCAACGCAGGGAGUGCAAGGCGGAGGCUGUUUGCUGAUGCUGAUACCACCUUGGACUCUUCGACCAAUUCGAUGAGGGUUUCCCAGCAUCAAGCUGGCAGUGUGGUCCCGGUGCAGAGCGUGACCGCCGAGGCUGUGCCGGUGACACACCUCCCAAGGCAAACGCUAGUCACAAUGGCAACUGCAACUGUAACAGCAACCAUAAUACCAGUUCAAGGUAUCGCAAAUGAAAGUGGAAGCAUUGCAUUCAUUCCAGUGCAGUUCAGUGUCAGUGGGCAGACCCAGGCUGUCGCUGGUAACAUUCAGACCCUCACUGCCCAGACACUUUCCAGCAGCCUAAGCACCCAGCAGCUGGCUGGCACUCCAGUACACAUCGCAGGCCAGGUGCCAUUUCAACAAGUCUCCCUGUCCCCAGGACAGCAGAGAUACAACCAGCAGCAAAUGAUGGCAAACAGGCCCAAAAAGACAGGCUCUAUCGCCUUAGUCUUUAGAAAGGUUUAUCAUUUGGCAAGUGUCCGCCUGCGACAUCUCUGUGCAAAACUCGACAUUUCCGAUGACUUGAGGAGCAAGAUCUGGACAUGUUUUGAAUACACUCUGGUCAACUGCACUGACCUUAUGACUGACCGGCACUUAGAUCAGCUGCUUAUGUGUGCAAUUUAUAUAAUGGCCAAGGUGACGAAAGAAGAUCAAUCCUUUCAGAAUAUCAUGCACAGUUACAGAACCCAGCCUCAGGCCAGCAGCAACGUUUACAGGAGUGUAUUGUUGAAAGCUCGCAGAAGACGAACAUCUGGCAGUAGUGAUGGGAGUGGCCGCCAGGGUUCACCAUCCGAGAUCAGCAGAGAUCGGACCAGCAGAGACUCCAGUCCAAACAUGAGGUCGAAUAGCACUCUUCCAGUACCACAUCCUAACAGUGCACCACCUACCCCAACUCGACUGGCCGGAGCCAACAGUGAUAUGGAAGAGGAGGAGAGAGGGGACCUUAUUCAAUUCUACAACAACAUCUAUAUAAGACGUGUCAAAGCAUUUGCAUUGAAAUAUUCAGCAUCAAAUCUAGAUAAUGGGGGUGAAGCUUCAUCUUUAUCCCCUUUCCCAUCUGUAAGGAUGGGAUCACCACGGCGAGUUUUACUCUCUCAGCAUCACUCCAUUUAUAUUUCACCACAUAAGAAUGGAGGUGCUCUUUCACCAAGGGAAAAAAUGUUCUACUGUUUCAGCAGAAGUCCAUCUAAGAGACUGAGAGACAUUAAUAGCAUGAUUAAAUCUGGUGAAACUCCGACAAAGAAGCGUGGCUUUUCAUUGGAUGAUGGCAGUGAACUACCAGCCAAGAGGAUCUGUCAAGAGAAUCACCCUGCACUGUUGAGGCGCUUGCAAGAUGUAGCCAAUGACAGAGGAUCACACUGAUUCAGUCUGGUAUAUAUUUCUGAUCACUUGCUAUGAAAUAGUACAGAUUUGGCAAACCCUGCACUCGUACUGACCUUUGACUUUUUCCAGUGUGUACCUGUUGGCAAAAGUCCUGGAACCUGUCACUGAACGUUUUGAAAAGUGGUGCUGGAUUGCAAGCCGGGUCCUAACUUUGUGAAAGUUAUAGGGACAGUGUUAAGCAUCCUGCAGAGAAAUGAAAAUUGAAGGGGUAACAAGGAUCAGCUACUUUGAACCACCAUCAAAUUUCCUGCAUGGAAUAGCAGCCUGCUGUUCAUGAAAUAGUUUUGAAGGCAAAAGCGCUUAAAUGCUUUUUAGAUUAAAGAGCAGGGUUGUGAAGCAGUCAGUUAGUUAGUUCACUGCAAUUUUUAUAACAGCUUAUUGCUUUUAUGAAAAGUGAUACCUUAGUAGUGCUGUCAAACCCAGAUUUGUACUGAGCCACGUAUGUGACUCAUGAACAGUUUGAGCUACAUCAGUUGAAAAAGUUGCUAGGAUUUAACUGACAGUUACAUAUGAAGAGACAUCAUGAGGUGCAAGUUAUAUUCAUUGAAAUAUAUGGAAAACAGUUCAUGGGAAUCAUGUUUAAUAUACAAAUCUGAGUCAUAUUAUCACUAUGACAUGUAACAAUUGGGUACUUGUUUUGUUUGAUUAUUCAGAUGAGUAUUUUAGAUGACUUUCAACUGAGUAUUAAAAAAGCCCAACUAAGGAAAUUGACUGCAUACAUAACAUGUUUAAAUAUGCCAGGGGGAAUUAUCUAAGACAAAUGCUUUCUGCUGAAGCUGAGUUACACUGAGAUGCCUCAUGAGUCAACAAUAUUGCCUUAGUAUAUCCAGGGUUAGAAGUGAAAAAUUAACAGGGUUUGCUAGAAUUUUUAAAAAACAUUAUGAACACAUUCUCUGUCUAUCAAGAUUGAAACAUAAUACACUUAGUUUUUCAAGUGUUGUACAGAUUCUGUUCCAGGGUGAGAUUGCAUUUGUGCAUGUCAAUCUUGUCAAAUUGAAAGGAAGGAAUAGAAUAGCACUUCUAUUGAUAGCACAUGGUAGAGCUUGACAAACUGCAAACAUUUACUUACGUUGAGGUAAAGUGAUCACUAAAAAUGCAACCAGCCAAAUCAGAUCUUACUCAGUGGAUGUUGGAUGUUCUUUGCUAUAUUUACCAAAUUCAAACGUUACUAACAGAUUCAGCUGGUGUAAGAAUUAACAGAUUGCAAGUUAUCACCCCCUCAUUCUGGCUUUUUGCUACUUGUUCUCCCUGUGACUUAGGAAAGGUGUGAGACUAAUGCUAUAAUUUUAAAUCUGAGAAAUUCCCCAUUUUAUAGAACAAGAUUCUCCUGUUUUAAGUUUCUCAAACAUUUUAACAAUGGAAAAAUGCUCCAUACCUCAAAUUAAAUUGCAUUAAAAUGGAUAAAGUACACAAUUUGUUCAUCAGUUGAGUACUGUUCUGGUAAGUGACAUCUGAAAACAAGGUAAAUGUUUAUCAAAAUAACUGAUGCUUUUAAAACAAUUAAGUCGUUACAUCCUUGUCACUCUGUAAAAGUUGUGAAAUCUUUUUUUAAACAAAUAUUUGUAUAUGUAUUCAAUUGUACACAUCGAUUCAGUUAUAAAGAGUAGAAGCUUCAAUGAAGUAUUGAGUGUUUUACGAUCAUAAGCAUUUUAAAGAACUAGCAGCAUUUAGUAGAAAUUUUUUGUCAUUUCAUAUAAUUAUCUGCUUUAAGCAUUUCUGUAAAGUGAAACGUUGAAUCUCAAGAGUAUUAAUUUGACCAAAUCUGAUUCAUAAACACUUUCAACAUCA